ACAAAAACAAUGAUUUAAAAAAACUAAUUUAAAACGAGUUUCGCUUAAGGCGUGAAGAUGGAACAAUUCGAGUCAUGUUUUUAAUGCAAUUCCUCCUUGUCCUUAUUCUCUCUCUCUCUCUCUCUCUUGCAGGCACUUGCAUGAUAAAGCUUCCAUCUUUAUAGACCUUCCUUCUCCGGCCAGAAUCCUUCGCCAUGGCCUCCAUUCCAUCUCCUUCUUAUUCUCCUUCAAUCUUCUUGUCGUCUCUCUCUCUCCUUAUCAAUGUCUCAUUCGCUGAAAACGGCGCCAACUCCACGGCGGUUGUCGUGACGACAAACCCAAACUCUCCGCCGCCGUUUCCGCCGCCGCGUCCGAGCUUGUCGUCGUUCAAGCCGAGCAUCGCCGUCGUCGUCGGGGUCCUAACCACCGUAUUCUCUCUCACGUUCUUGUUGCUCCUCUACGCCAAACACUGCAAACGCCGAAACGGCGCCGUUUACGUCCACCACCGCCACCACCAUAACCACCACCGGUUCGACGGGAGGAAGAACUCUGGUAUUGACCGAACCGUGAUCGAGUCGCUUCCGGUUUUCCGGUUCGGAGCCCUUAGCGGCGACAAGGAAGGGCUCGAGUGCGCCGUCUGUCUCGCCCGGUUCGAGCCGACCGAAGUCCUCAGGCUCCUUCCCAAAUGCAAGCACGCCUUCCACGUGGAGUGCGUCGACACGUGGCUCGAUGCCCACUCCACUUGCCCGCUUUGCCGGUACCGGGUCGACCCGGAAGACAUCCUCUUGAUCGGCGACUGCAACCCCUGGUUCGAAAUCCGGUUAUCUCACCGCGAGGAAGACGAUCACGUGCCCACGAACAGCGCCACUGGGUCAGAGCUACCCGCCGGGGUCAAUCCGGGUUUCUGGGUCCGACGGAUCUCGGGUCGGCAUUCAUCGGCAGGCGAGCAAGCGAGUCGAGUCAACGAGUCGGCUCACCGGACCUCGUGUAGAAGGUCAUUGGACAGCUCUCUGAGAAACGAUGGCGACACAGUGAUCAUCGGAUGCUUCGAUCGGGCCCAGAGAAAAGACGGGAUGUUACUCCCCGACGGCGCGAUCACCGACCGGAAAAGCUUCGAGCGGCGGUUCGGGCACCGAAUAGUCAUAUCCACCGCCGGAGGGCAGAGCCAGAGGGACCAGAGGUGGAGCGACGUGGUCAGACCGUCGGAUCUUCUGUAUCUCCGGUCAGAGAUGAUAAUGAGUGAGAGCCGGAAGACGGCGGAGGAGGGUGGCAGAGUUGUAAAUAACGGGAGAAGUGUGUCGGAGUUAACAAGCGUGGAUAGGACAUGGAGGAGAGAGAACGACGACAGCAGCCAUAGCCAUCGACGACAACGACAAGCCGCGGCGGUCGUUUCGAGGUGGCUCGCCUGGGCUGUACGGCCCCACCGUACAACCACCGUUUCCAGCUUGGCUUAGUUUUUAUUUAAAAACUACGAAAUUUUUAUUUUUUAAUAUUCGAGAUUACGAAUUAGCAAAUUAGAAAGCGGGAGAGGUAGGGGGAAUUUUUGUUUUAAAGUGUAAUUUAUCUGCAUGAAUUAUCCUAUUUAGAUGCACGGUGUGAGGACCGUCCACACGAUUUUGUUACCCAAAAAAUAAAAAUA